GAGAGAGAGAGAAAGAGAGAGAAAGAGAGAGACAAAUUGCUCUUGUCAAACCCCAAUAGAACACUUUUUAUAAUUUCCACAAGCUUGAAAGAGAAGAAAAGCAAGAGGAGAGAAACCAGAGGAGACCAGGCAGAGGUUUUAAGGCAUGUAACAAAAAUGGGCACAGUCAAGGACCACCAGCAACAUCUCUCUUUCGCUAAGAAGUUCUUGCCAUGGACAAUUUAUGCUCUCCUUCUUAUAGCUCUGUUUCGAUUGUACUUUUACCCUCUUCCUCUCCCUCAAUCACCUACUGCUCAUCACAACAAUCUCAUUCUCUAUUCUUCUGCUCCUUAUUCUUCUCCUCCUCCUUUUUCUCAAGAAGAGGAAAGUGCAAAUGAAUCACCAUCACCAUGUGACUACACAAAGGGAAAAUGGGUUUAUGACAGAGUGGGCCCUCUCUACAAUGGCACCACCUGCGGUACAAUCAAAGAAGGUCAGAAUUGCAUCUCCCAUGGCAGACCUGACAUGGGUUAUCUCAAUUGGAGAUGGAAACCCAAGCAAUGUAAGCUCCCAAGGUUUGAUCCCCACAAAUUCCUUCAACUUCUCAAAGACAAGCACUUGGCCUUUGUGGGUGAUUCCAUGGCUAGGAACCAAUUGGAGUCCCUUCUUUGUAUGUUAGCCACUGCUUCCACCCCCAAUCUUGUUUACUCAAAUGGUCAGGACAACAAGUCUCGCAGAUGGCAUUUUGCUUCUCAUAACAUCAAUGUAUCUGUGUAUUGGUCACCAUUUCUUGUCAAAGGUGUUGAAAAAUCAAAUUCUGGUCCAAAUCAUAAUGAAUUGUAUUUGGAUUCUGUUGAUGAGAAGUGGGCAGCUGAUAUGGAUCAAAUUGACAUGAUUGUAUUAUCAAUUGGGCAUUGGUUUCUACACCCAGCAGUGUAUUUUGUUGGUGAUUCAGUUAUCGGAUGCCAUUACUGUCCUGGUCUCAAUCACACUGAGAUUGGGUUCUAUGAUGUGCUAAGGAAAGCAUUGAAGACAACACUAAAGAAGAUAAUUGAAAGAAGUGGUCCUAAUGGGAAUGCGGUGGAUGUGAUCCUGACUACAUUUUCACCAUCACAUUUUGAAGGUGAUUGGGAUAAGGCUGGUGCUUGUCCCAAAACCAAGCCUUACAAGGAGAAGGAAAAGCCACUUGAAGGAAUGGAUGCGGAGAUGAGGAAUAUUGAGGUUCAAGAAGUUGAAGCUGCCAAGGGCAAUGCAAAGCAAUUUGGAAGGUUAAGGCUUGAAGCAUUGGACAUAACCAAGUUGUCCCUGAUGAGGCCGGACGGUCAUCCGGGACCGUAUAUGCAUCCAUUUCCAUUUGCUAAUGGGGUUUCAGAUCAUGUGCAAAACGAUUGUGUGCAUUGGUGCUUACCAGGUCCUGUAGAUACAUGGAAUGAGAUACUAUUAGAGGUCAUGAAGAGAUGGGAGGGUCAAUGAAAAUGAAAGGAGAAUUGGUUUGUUCAGUUCUGUUUGGGCUCUUCUGUAAUGAAAGAGAGAAAUGGUGUCAAGAGCCAGGACUGAUGAAGCAAACUUGAGAGUGAGAGCUUCAAAUGGUGCCAAAAUGCUUUGAUUACAUUUCCUUGGAAUGUACACUUGUUCUGCAUCAAAAUGUACACAAGAUCACACUAAAGAUAGAUACCAAACAAUAUCAUUUGUU